AGACUGGAUCUAGUAAUGGAUGUGUUGAAUACUAGUUUAACAUUUUUUCUGAUAGUUUUCGGCACAGUGGCUGAUACAGUACUAGCAAGAUGCGUUCUUGAGCCGGUAAAUAUGGUUGUUUUCAGCAAUAUACCGAGCAUGAGUGUGACCCAAAGAAAUCAGUCGGAGUACUUGGUGAGAGAUAUUACAUCGUAUCUUCUCGAAGACUCUACAGUUCAUGUAAAUCUUCUUAGUAAUACAGUAACAGAGAUAAUCUCAUUACACAAAACAAGUGACAAUUCUAGCUGGAUUAGAAAUAUCAGCUUUGCAAACUAUGCAGAGACAACAACAAAGUUCAGUAAUACCAUAACGUCUGCUGCCAUAGACAAUGAGUUGGAGUCUAGAUUUUCUGUAAACAAAUACAAAAGUAUGGCGGAAUUUGUUGUUUUAUUAUUUAGUGAUAAAACAAAAUUAGAUACCGUCUCGCAGUUUCUUAAAAAGAAAAAGACAUUUGUUGUGGUGUUUGGAUUGGCCAUACCGGAAAUAUUCAAGUCUGUUGCAAGCAGAUACGAUUAUAUAUAUCAAGUUGGGAACGCUGAUGAUCUAGAAGAAGUUACUAAAAAUAUUACGGAGCGGAUAGCCUGCGAUUCAGGCAAAUACUGCGACACUGAUGAAUUCAGUUUGGGAAAAGGAAACAAGUGUAGAAACUGUACGCCUUACUGUCUACAAAAUACAGAUACCUGCUCCAUUCAUUGUACAUUUGUAAAUGGCGGAGAAAGUGAACACACUGUUGGUGUUGAACAGGUAUUAGAAGAUAAUAAAACUGUGGUCAUCCUGGGGAUCGUUGGAGCAAUCACUGUUUUUGUUUUAAUGCUGCUGAUGUACUUCUUGUUCAAAAGGUGUCGAAAACAUCAAAGUAAAUCAACCAAUUCUGAAAACAUUAUGCUGCAUAUUAAUGACAAAUUUCCAGUUCCUGUGUCAGAAACGGAAGAGGAUAUAGAUCUACCUUUCAUUGAAGAAACUGUUGAAGAUGAAGAAACUACUGCUAAGAAAGUUGACAAAUUAGAUAAAGUGUCCGAAAAUGAGGAAGACAAAAUUGUAUUAGACUUUGCCAACAAUAGAGAAUUAGAAUUAAAUCUCCUUGGUGAUAAAGUACAAUACAAACCCGUGCAUCACUAAGAUAUGAGGAGAUGAAAGAGACUUAUUAUGAAACUUUAAGGAUAUCAAAAUGUCUUUUAAAACUCUUACAUAUCAUAGAUACAUUUGAGCCGCGUCACGACAAAACCAACAUAAUGGGUUUGCAACCAGCAUGAAUCAAGUCCAGUCUGUGCAUCCGCGCAGUCUGAUCAGGAUUCGUGCCAGUUUCUCUACUUGUUAAGGGUUUGUAAGCGAACAGCAUGUAUCCUGAUCAGACUGCGCGGAUGCGCAGGCUGGUCUGAAUCCAUGCUGGUCGCAAACCCAUGAAUUAAGUUUGCAUUAUGAUUAUUAUUUUUUUUCUUUCGCUUAUAUUUUGAAAGGUUCUGAUGAAAGGUGUUGAAAAUAUCGUUUGUUACCUCAGAUGUCUGACACCGACACUUUCACCUUUACAAGACGCAGGGACUGACAGAAAUAGUUCUGUACUAAUACAAUGUAUAGUUGUCUCAAUAACUGAUAGUGAUCAAAUCACAGCAUGAGUGAACUACUACAGAUGAUUUCCGUUUCGUUUUAAUGAAAUCUAUGUUUACAACUUUACAUUUUUUUCUGUCUUGUUCUUAUGUUAUAUUUUACAUUCAUUCUUUAUUUCUGUCUCGUUCUUAUGUUAUAUUUUACAUUUUUCUUUAUUUCUGUCUCGUUCUUAUAUUAAAUUUUACAUUCUUUCUUUAUUUCUGUCUCGUUCUUAUAUUAUAUCGUGCCCAUUUUGUGCACUUUCAAAUGCUUUAAUUUUAUUAGAAUAUAAUCCAAGAUAUUUAUUAGCACCAGCUGCAAUCCGUUUAUUCACAAUACUGUCAAGCAUAUUGGAUAUUUUAGAGUCUUGCCACACGAAUAUAAAUGGAUUUCUACUGCCUGAUGUCCUAGGUUAUUUACAAAGAAAUUAUAAUGUGCAAUUCUAAUUAGUCCCCUACCGGUUUACCGGAGGGGACUUUAGGUUUACCCUCCGUCCGUCUGUCCGUCUGUCCGUCCGUCUGUCCGUCCGUCAGUCCGUCCGUCCACAAAACUGGAUCCCGUGAUAACGCAAAAAGUACUGAAAAUAUUUUAAUGAAACUUGAUAUAUGGAUAGAUGGCAGUAUGGAGGUUAUGCACGUCUUUUUCUUUUCUUCCUAUGUUGAAAAUUCUGGUUGCUAUGGCAACAAAUAGACUGAAAAUAUGGCAAAUUUUACACAUAAUCUGGAUCCCGCGAUAACGCAAAAAGUACUGAAAAUAUUUUUAUGAAACUUGAUAUAUGGAUAGAUGGCAGUAUGGAGAUUAUGCACGUCUUUUUCUUUUCUUCUUAUGUUGAAAAUUCUGGUUGCUAUGGCAACAAAUAGACAGAAAAUAUGGCAAAUUUUACACAUAACCUGGAUCCAGUGAUAACACAAAAAGUACUGAAAAUUUGUUUAUGAAACUUGACAUAUGGGUAGAUGGCAGUAUGGAAAUUAUGCACAUCCUUUUCUUAUCUUCCUAUGUUGAAAAUUCUGGUUGCUAUGGCAACAAAUAGACUGAAUUUCAAGAUUUCUGAUUCUAGUUUUUAAGUUUUUUCACUAUAAGUUCUUUAUUUCUUAAGGUAUUUUCUUCAAACUUUAAAUAUAAGUUGCUUGUCGUCAACCACAUCAUAUGUGACAAGGUUUACAACUCUAGCACAAAAUUUAUCAGAAUUACCUCCCUUGAACUUAAAAUUUUCAUGAAAAAAACAUUGUUUUUUUUUUUUAAUAACUUCUUUUUCUGAAUGUAUCUACUUCAUACUUCAUAUAAAUGUUUCUUAUUAUCACUCAACAUUUGUGAGUGUUCAAUACUCUAGCAAGACUAUUUCCAGAAUUAUGCCCCUUUUGAACUUGGACUUU